CGGACUUUGAAUCAGUGAAAGAUAAUUCUAAGAGUGCACGAGAAACUUAUAUCCUUAAGGAAUACUGCUCCAUCUAUUCUGUGGUUUUAUCAACAUUUGUACGCUUGCACAACUAUUGCGUAAAAGCAAAAAUAUGAAGACGGAAUUCAAAACAUGCGGUGGCUGCACCGAACAAAUUACCGACCGCUAUAUCUUCGAGGUGAACGGAGGUACCUGGCAUGGGUCCUGCCUUCGGUGCAGCGUUUGCUUCUGUCCGCUGGAUCGUCAAGCGUCCUGUUUCUUACGCGACGGUGACGUCUACUGCAAAGCGGACUAUGUGAAGAAAUUCAAAACCAGCUGUGCCAAAUGUGCCCGCUCCAUUUCGGCCACCGAUUGGGUCCGGCGGGCGCGGGAGCACGUGUUCCAUCUGGCGUGUUUCGCGUGCGACUCUUGCGGUCGCCAGCUCUCGACCGGCGAGCAGUUCGCGAUCUGCGAGGAUCGAGUCCUGUGCAAGACGCACUACAUGGAGCUGAUCGACGAUGGGACGGCGUCGAGCGAAGAUGGCUGCGAUGCGGAUGGGAAUGGCGGCGGUGGGAAAAACAAAUCGAAACGCAUCCGGACGACAUUCACCGAGGAGCAGAUCCACAUUCUACAGGCCAACUUCCAGGUGGAUAGCAACCCGGACGGCCAGGACCUGGAGCGGAUAGCACUGGCGACGGGAUUGAGCAAACGGGUGACGCAAGUCUGGUUCCAGAAUUCACGCGCACGCCAGAAGAAACAUGUCCACGUUCCUCGAGCCCAAGAUCUUUUCAACGGAAUGCGCCAGGACCUUAACAAUAACAACAACAACAGCUGCAGCAGUAGCAACAGCAACGAUGGCUCCGUCCCUAUGCACCACCUCGGAUCGCACGGACCAGAAGACUGCGUCCUGGGCAAGCCUUCCAUCUUUAACUCGCACGGCUUCCUCAAUCUCGUGGUGUGA